UUUUGCCACCAACAUCUUACGUCUCUUCUUUAUUCAUUUCCUAGGCUGGAUUUUGAGUGCAUAUUGUCGGAUUAGUAGCGGCUCUCGAAGGGUGCAUGUUGUGUGUCUGGAGUCUGUGAGUUUGCUUUCAAGCGAGAUCUGUUACAUGUCCAUAGAAAUAAACGUGAAUCCGCAAGUCGCAGGAGAAAAAAGGAAAGCAUUGUUAAUUGAAUCCGACGACAACAAAGUUUGCAAUUUCGGCGUUUGCUUGAUGAAGCAAGGGCGUCUGGAAGAAGCUGAAGCCGUUCUUCAGAGAGUGACCGUAGCGUGUAGUGGCAUUCGGUGGGCAUCAGAUUCUCAUCUUAAAUCCUAUGAGCGCGCUCAGGAUUUGUUAAAAGAGUUAGAGUCCUCCAUAGGGUUGAAGGGAUCUCAUGAUGAUAUUCUACAACAGUUGAGCUCAUUUACCAUUUCAGGUUGUAACACAGAUGUGAGUGCUCAUGACUCAACCUUGUGGCAACCUCAGCCAGCCAUGCCACGUCAACCUCGUCGUGCCUCACGGUCUGCUCUGGAACAAGUUUCUCAGUCUAAUAUUGACCCGUCUAUGUCUGGUGCCUUUAUAGCUACUUCAAGAUUUGGCCCUGCGCAUCAUACCAGACUGGAGAUGGCCGGGAGCUAUAGAACACAGUCUUGGCUGCAAGAUGGUAGCUGCUCUGGAAGUUCCAGUGGUUGGGAUGAAGAUGAUUUCGAUGACGCAUCUCCUGAUGAAUGCUCUAUCAGAUUUUUAAGGGUAUCUGCACAAGUUUAUCAGUUCCAACCCCACUGCUACUGAGAACGAGGAGAUGCAAUGUCAUGUUGAGACCAGCUUGGGAUGGAAGGUGAACGUGAAGCUCACAAAUCUUUUCCUGUCACAACGGCGACCCCGCCAGCAUGUGAUAUGGCAUCAAUUACUGGAGCUCAAUCUUGUAUCCCAGUUGCAAAGCCAACACAAUCCCUCUCGUCGAAGCUUUCUAGGAUGCUAAUUAAAAAGUUUUUAGAUAUUGCUAAACCUCUUCCUUACCAGCACUCAAACUCAAGGGACGUUCCCUCACAUCACAGUGACGUUGAGAAACAGAGUACUAUCAAAGUUGAGGAGGAAAAGAGUAUUUGGGAUUUACUGGACUUCACUUUCAACCUGAUGACCUCGACUUUGGUCGUGCCAGCAACAGGUUUGAGACCAAUGAUGAAAUUCAGGACUCUUCUUUUAAUCGUGAAUUUGCAGAAAGAAUUACUUUCAUUUAACGACGUUUUUGCCUUAGAGAUAAAUAUGAGGCGGCAACGAAGAUUCCUGGUCGUACGCUUUUCUAGUGAUCACUCUACCUAAGACCUUUCAGAUGUGGGACUAGUCUCAUCUGUGAAUGACCAGCAACCGCAAAUCACAGCCACACUUUUACAUCAGCACUUGAGAACGCUAUUGCAGGGGCGGUGGAGCAAGUUCUACAUGUUAGAUAAAUGAAAGACAGGCUGCUCACGCUAUACUCAUGAGGUAAAAAGACUGGUAUAUCUCAUUGCAGAUUUUGUUUUCAGUAACAUUGGAUGUAAUCUUUGAGAGCAAUGUGGGAGAGUUAGAGCACAGUUGAAACGAUGCGCAAGCGAUUGUUGGCGAUGUUGAGAAACACAGUAGGUGUAUGCUCAGUUACGUGGAGAGGCAGAGCAGCUUAUCACCUCGAGUGCAAAGCACCAAACCGUCUCUACGCAUCGCAAACAGGUCCAUUAGUUUCAUGUGACUCAUUGUUCUUCACAAACGCCAUGUAUAUAAUUGAGUUGGAGAUGAUUUAAAGAGA